CAACGCAUAAAUAUUGAUGGGAGUUGUCACUUGGUCAAAACAAAGAGGCAUGAUAAUAUAAUACACAUGCAAAUAUAUUUCAUUGCUUUGCAGUGUUGUCUUUCUGUCGUCGAUAGUAGCGUUAUAUUAAUAACAAAAUGGCCAUCAAGAAAUUUAAAAACCAAAAUUACUCAAAGUUAAAGAAAAGAUGCCAGUCAGAAGGCAAAUUAUUUGUAGAUCCAGAAUUUCCUCCUGAAGUGAAGUCAAUGUAUCAUAGCAGAUCUAUGCCUCCAGAUCAAGUUGAAUGGAAAAGACCAAAGGAAAUUUGUGAUGAUCCCCACCUCUUUGUGAGUGGUAUAGACACCAAGGAUGUUACUCAGGGAAAGUUGGGUAAUUGUUGGUUUGUUGCUGCAUGUGCACUUGUUGCUCAGGAAGCCAUGUUCUGGAGAAAGGUUAUUCCAGGAAAUCAAGAGUGGGAUCCUGCAAAACCGAAUGAAUACCAAGGAAUAUUCAGGUUUCGAUUUUGGCGUUUUGGUCAGUGGAUAGAGGUUGUUGUUGAUGAUCUUUUACCAACUAUCAAUGGUGAACUUGUUUAUGUAAGUUCAACUGCCAAGAAUGAGUUCUGGAGUGCUUUGGUGGAGAAAGCUUAUGCAAAAGUCAAUGGCUGUUACGAAGUAUUAGAAGGUGGAAAUACUGCUGAUGCAUUAGCAGACUUCACAGGAGGUGUUGCAGAACCAGUUGAUAUUGUUGAUGGUGGCUACAGUGCUGACAAUGACAAGAGGAUGCAGCUCUUUAAGGAAUUGUCUGACUCUAUGAAAUCUGACCAUGCCCUUAUCAGCGCUUCAAUUAGGACAAAAGAUGCAGCCGAGGUGGAGAAGCGAACAGAAAAUGGUUUGGUUUUGGGUCAUGCAUACGGCGUGACAGCCAUGAGGAAGAUUACUUUAGGAGAAGGUUUUCUCAAUCUUUUCAACCGCCAUUAUCUGUACAUGAUCAGAUUACGUAAUCCCUGGGGACAGAAAGAAUGGAAAGGAGCAUGGAGUGAUGGGUCAUCAGAAUGGAAUAAAUUGAAGCAAAGUGAUAGAGAGAAGCUUGGUAUUGUUUUCGAAGAUGAUGGUGAAUUUUGGAUGUCAUUUGAUGAUUUUUGUCAAUAUUUUACCACCAUCAAUGUUUGUCAUGUGCCCAACACGAAGACAUUAAGUAUCAGGAAAACAUGGCGAGCAGCCUCUCAUAAAGGAUUUUGGAAACUUGGGACAUCUGCUGGUGGAUGUAUCAACAAUAAAGAGAGUUUCUUUACCAACCCACAGUAUGCCUUCAGCAUACAGGACGAGAAACACCGCAAUUGCAUGGUGGCGUUACAACAGAAAGAUAACAGACCUGAGAAAGCACAGGGAAAAGAAGCACUAACAAUUGGAUUUUUUAUUAUGCGAGUUGAAGUGAAUCGGGGAUAUCGUCUCCAUACCUCCAUGGAAAAGGCAGGUUCAUCAAUAUUCAUUAAUGCACGUGAAGUGUUCACGAAACUAGAACUCGACCCAGGCCGCUAUGUUGUUGUUCCUUCGACAUUUGAUCCAAACAAUGACGGAGAGUUCAUGUUGAGAAUUUACACGGAGAGGAAGGCCAAGGCGAGGGAACUCACCCGCCACAAUGACAAGGCAUCUCCCUUCUUGUGUUGUAUUCCUAAAUACGGAACUCCUUCUGCUGUACUGUCAUUCACAGUGAUCAGCGGUACUGGCCUAAAAAAGAUGAGUAGAUUCGGCGUAGGAGCUGAUCCUUAUUGUAUUAUCAAAUGCGACGGCAGGAAAGUGAAAACUCCAGUACAAAAUGACACAUUAAAUCCUAAAUUUAACGCCGGAGGUUUGUUUUACGUCAGGAAUAUUAACAGCGAAAUCGUUGUCGAUGUAUAUGACAGUAACGUAUUUUGGGACAGUUUUAUGGGUCGUGCCGUCAUUCCAGUUGAAGUUAGCAACAGCACAACUCAACAGUCGGUAAAGUUGAAAGGAAAAGGUCGUAAUUCUGGAGAAGAAAUGCCAGGGACGCUUACUGUUAAAAUUUCCUGUUAUGCUGAUUUGAAAUCAGUUUAAACGAGGACGCUCAUACUCGCAUGCUAGGGAGAUUUUUGAUUGUGCUAACGUUAUUUAUACAUAUAUCAUUUAGAAUAACUUUAUAUUCUCAACCUGGAAGAUUAACUGGCUUUGUAAUGCUGCAUGCUCAUGGAUGUAUAUCGGGCGCUCUUCAGUUUAGAAAUCUCGAUGCUGUAUAGUCGACUGACUAUAUCGGACACUACAAUGGGACCUAAACAAAUAUUUUAGCUCAGAUUUUAGGCUGAAACAGCCUAAAAUAAUGACAAAAUUAUAAUUUGAAAACCUGAUUAGUAUUUUAGUAAGGUGUCCGUUACAUAAUGGUUCAGUCCUAUACACGAGCUCUUGGCCAAGGAACAGUGUCACUUCUUAGCUUGAAGUUCAAACAAACAAUAUUUAUAAAAACUUAAAGCUGUGGUAGCAGUCAAGAUGUUAGAUGUACCUUGGCAGCAUCGAGAUGUGCAGUUUGCUGCUUUUCGUAGUUUUAGAGCUACGAUUGCAAACAAUAUAAUGAAAACAUCAGGGUAUCGCCUUGGAAGGAACCCAAUGAUGGGUAUCCGCAAUAUUUCGGGGUGCAUCAAUUUCAGCUUUGAGACAUAAAAUUAUGGGAACAUACUCUCUGAUCAUCUAGCCUUGUAUAUCGCUGUAUUGCAGACUGAAAUAUUUAUAAACGGGUAGUAUCUUUUAGUAUCUUUAUCAAUUAGUAUCUUUUUUAAUUGUGUGUUCAA